AUGGCAAGAACUAAAUAAACCGCAAGAAAAAGUACUGCUGGAAAUAAAAAACCCACAAAACAUUUGGCCACCAAAGCAGCAAGAAAGACUGCUCCAGCUGUUGGUCCAUCUGGUGGAUUGAAGAAACCACAUAAAUUUAGACCUGGAACUGUAGCAUUGAGAGAAAUUAGAAAAUAUCAAAAGUCAACAGAAUUAUUAAUCAGAAAGCUACCAUUCUAAAGAUUAGUAAGAGAUAUAGCCCAUGAUUUCUAAAAAGAACUUAGAUUUUAGAGUUCUGCUAUUUUGGCUCUUUAGGAAGCAGCUGAAGCCUAUUUAGUAGGAUUGUUUGAGGAUACUAAUUUAUGUGCCAUUCAUGCAAGAAGAGUAACAAUCAUGUCUAGAGAUAUCCAAUUAGCUAGAAGAAUAAGAGGAGAAAGAUUUUGA